CUAGUAGGGUAAGGGUUAAUAAACUAAACAGUUGGGAAACUGUGUAGGUACAUUGAAAUAAAUUAAAAUUGUUAAACAUUUUAAUCCAGAAGCUGCGAUGACCUUAAUGCUAAUUUGUGCAAAUAAACCAAAUUGUAACUAAAACGAUACUGGCCAAACAGCAUUUUACCUCCAUUUUUUUCUAUUAAUCCAGUGGAAAAACUAAGGGUUAUUGAAUUUUGCUGGAGCCAAAAAACAAUUUCGGAGGUUAAAGAGUGGGACUACCAAAUCACAAGUGCCUCCCUGCACAUUGGUACAUGUAUGUCAAUUUUUUUUAAUUAAUAACGUACUAUGUAUCACAAAAUUCUGAGAAAGCAAAACAUGUUAACAAUGUUGGAGAUGAUUAAUAAGAUCAUUUUAUAGAUUGAUGUCAACCUUUGACACUUUUAUCCAUUCUUAGGUUAAAACAAAAUUGAUCCUUCAAGAAGUCAGGAUGGCAUCUAGUGUUACAGCUCAAUCAGUGUUGGAAAAGAUUAGUGUGGAUCAUCUGGAAUGCUCCAUCUGCACCAACCGUUUCAGGCAGCCCAAACUGCUGGACUGUUUGCACAGUUUUUGCCUGCAAUGCCUUCAAGACCUCAGACAGAGCCAAGAUCUUAGUGGUACAAAGCUGACAUGUCCUCUGUGCAGACGUGAAACCAUGUUGAAAGGGUCUGGGGUUGCUGAUCUCCCUAAUAACUUUGCAUUCAGUGCCCUGGUGGAGGAAGUUACAAUGCAGGAAAAGCUACUGGAAGGUCAAGGGUCAGAGAUCAAAUGCCAAGCCUGUGAUGAGGAGAAUCAGGCUGUGUCAAGAUGCACGGACUGUGAUCAUUUCCUGUGUCAAGAAUGUCAAAAGGCUCAUGGGCGUAUGACUGUUAUGAAAUCUCACAAAAUUUAUACACUGGCUGAACUUCGAUCAGGAGAGAUUGUCUACAAGAGUAAACUAAGAGAUGAAGUUCCCAAAUGUGGCAAGCAUCCAGAUCAGAAUCUCAAUGUCUACUGCAACACAUGUGAGCAAGUCAUAUGCCUCAUGUGUACUGUUCUUGAUCAUGGGAAUCCAAAACAUUCCCUCAUCGGCCUAUCUGAGGCUUUUGGAAAGUGUAAGAAAAAAGUUGAAGAACUUGUCUCGAAAGUUAGUAAGAGUAAAACAGAACUGAACACCACCAUAGAGAACACUUGCACAACUCGCAAGAAACUUGACACCAUGUUUGCAAACACCAAGAAGAAAAUCUCAGAAAAAGCUGACCAAGAGGUUGCCAUGAUCCGACAGGAGGAGCAGAAACUGUUAAAAGAGACUGGCAGGAUUUAUCAAGAGAGAGUCACAACGUUUGAAGCUGCACAAGCAAACAACAGCAAAGAGGUGACACAGACAGAGCACAAGCUGGAGGAGGUCAAACAACUUAAGAAUCAAGCAAGUUGCUAUGAGAUUCUUGAACUUCAGCAGAAGCUUUUGCAUAACCUCAAUGAAUCGACAGUCAGCAAGGAUGACGAGCUCCUUGCUCUAGAUGGUCGAGUAGUCAAGGUCUUCAACAAGCAACAUCAGCUCCUCCACCAGUUCACACCAGGGAGAGGGUCAGACAGCCAACCAGCAUGCCUUGCAGUGGAUGACAGCAAUCUGAUAGCAGUGGGUUAUGAAGCAUUUAACACAAGGUUGGUAUGUGUAGACUACUAUGGUGACAGUGUAUUCUCAGUAGACAUGCAGGAGGAAGGGCACCCUAAUGGUGUGUGCUGUGACAGUGAUGGCAGUAUCUAUGUUGCUGUGGAUGGAGAUCCAACAGGUGAUGUUCUGCAUUACAGUCCUGAUGGCAAGUACAUUGGAUGUGUGAUCAAGGAAUGUGAUUAUCCACGGGGCAUCACAUUCACAUCAGGUGGUGAUCUGGUAGUGGCUGCACAACGGUCUGUACAGGUCUAUCACCGAGUGUAA